AUGGGCCCCCGAAACAUCCACUCGGUGGAUUCCGCCGAGCAUCAAAGCUCAUUUAGCCGGUCCUUCACACCCAGCUCGCCCAUUGCCGCCUCAGCAAUUGCACGGGAUCUCGCGGACUAUAGCUACGAGGAUCGAACACCGACAGAUGAAGCUUCUGAUACCUCAACGGCUCGCCCACCCGCCAGCUAUACUAGCACCAACCCCCGGUCUUUAGCUGGUUCGUAUCGCCGCCCCGGUUACUUCACAUCUGUCAGCCAUGCGACUGUAAUCCCCUGGGCCGGGGACCAGCAAUCCCUAUCUCAAAGGGAGCGCGAGCAGGCCAUCGAACAGGAACGGGACCUACUCAGUGAUAACCAUGUUAUCGCGUCCGAUCAUGCGUAUAGCAAGUCCCACGGGCUGCAGCGUAAGAUGAGCGGGUUGCUAUCCGCUGCUAUCGGCCAAGGAUCCUCGUCCCGACGGCCAAGUGCAUCUUCUCGACACUCUAGAAGCAGGGAUCCCGAGACAGACGCGGCAAGCGAAACUACUGCCCUACUUCGAGAGAGGUCUCCUGAUGCCGAGAGCAGUGAAAUGGACUUGGAAGAGAUUGACCGGAAAUGGGGAGAAGCUGUCGCGGCCGGUUUGAUCCAGACGACGUGGCAGCGUGAAGCAAAGGUCAUAAUGACCUACUCUUUGCCGCUCAUGGUCACUUUCUUGCUGCAAUAUUCCUUGACUGUGGCUAGUAUCUUUACUGUUGGCCAUCUGGGAAAGGAAGAACUUGGAGCAGUUAGUCUUGCGAGUAUGACUGUGACAAUUACCGGCAAUGCGGUGUACUCGGGUCUAGCAACUAGUUUGGAUACGCUUUGUGCGCAAGCUUAUGGCUCUGGAAAAAGGAAACUAGUGGGCCUGCAGAUGCUGCGCAUGGUGUACUUCCUUUGGGUCAUUACCAUUCCAAUCAUGGUUCUCUGGUAUUUCUCUGACCAUCUGCUUGCCAAAAUUAUACCGGAGAAGGAGGUCGCUGAGAUGGCGGGUCUGUAUUUGAAGAUCGCUCUAUUGGGAACCCCGGGAUUUGCUCUAUUCGAGAGUGGUAAGCGAUAUCUCCAGGCUCAGGGUGUGUUUUCUGCUUCUCUGUAUGUCCUCAUUGUCUGCGCGCCGCUGAAUGCUUUCCUGAACUGGUUCUUCGUCUGGAAACUUCAAUGGGGCUUCAUUGGUGCCCCAAUCGCCGUCGUAAUCACAGAAAAUCUCCUCCCACUCGGCCUGUUCAUCUAUGUUUACUUCUUUGUGGGAUCUGAGUGUUGGUGCGGAUUUACCAAACGAGCAUUUCAGAACUGGGGGCCAAUGAUCCGUCUCGCACUCCCAGGGCUAAUCAUGGUCGAGGCAGAGUGUCUAGCAUUUGAAAUCCUGACGUUAGCAUCAAGCUACCUCGGCACGUCCGAACUCGCAGCGCAAUCUAUCCUCUCAACAAUCUCCAGCAUUACAUGGCAGAUUCCGUUCCCCCUUUCUAUUGCGGGUAGCACGCGGAUAGCAAAUUUGAUUGGGGCUACCCUGGUCGAUGCCGCAAAGAUCUCUGCGAAAGUGAGCUUCUGUGGAGCAUUCAUCGUUGGUACGCUCAACAUGAUUCUCCUCUCGACUUUGCGGUCAUAUAUCCCCAGAUUAUUCAGCUCUGAUCCUGAAGUCGUCGAAAUUGUAGCGCAGGUGCUUCCGCUCUGCGCAGCCUUCCAGCUUUUCGAUGCUCUCGCGGCAAACUGUAACGGUAUUCUCCGUGGUCUGGGUCGCCAGGAAGUGGGUGGCUACAUCCAACUCUUUUGUUACUAUGUGAUUGCCAUGCCUCUUAGUAUGUCAACGACGUUUGCUUUGAAUUGGGGGGUUAUGGGCUUGUGGACUGGGGUUGCCCUUGCGCUUGGCCUUGUUUCCCUCAUCGAGGGCACCUUUAUCAGUCGAGUUAAUUGGAAUCGCUCUGUUGAGGAGGCUCUGAAGAGGAAUGAGCUGACUUAA